AUGAGUCAACCAAUGAUAUGCAGAUCAAUUCACGAAGUGACUUCUUUGAUCGAUUUGAACCUCGCAAAGGAAUUCGUAAAAUUCCCUAUUAGCCGAAGUAGAAGACAAGAAAUUUCAAACAAAUUUGAAAGAAUCGUUGGUUUUCCCGGCAUUAUUGGUGCUGUCGACUGUACUUUUGUGAUAAUGAUAAGUCCAUCUGAAGAGGAGCACAAUCACGUUAAUCGUCAUAAUCAACACGCCAAAAAUGUUCAAAUUGUAUGUGAUAAUGAAUUGGUGAUUUUGAAUGUCAAUGCUGCCCAUGCAGGUAGUAGUCACGAUAGUUUUAUUUGGAAAAAUUCUGCUGCAAGGGAGGAAUUAAAUCGAAGUCAUGUUGAAGGACAAUCAUGGAAAGUCUUAGCAGAUUCAGGUUAUCCACUUGAACCGUGGACAAUGACUCCAAUAUUGGGCGCAAGAGUUAAUUCUCCAGAAUGGAAAUAUACGAAAGCACAUAUGCAAAGGGACGAAAUUGCAUUGAAAGAUUGA